AUGUCUUUCGAUCUCAAGGGCCUUGUCCCCGCUCCCGUCACCCCCUUCACCAAAGAUGGCAAGGUUGAUUACGAUGCCAUCCAGCGUCUAGGCUCUUGGCUUGGAAGCAUCGAUGGCGUCAAGGGUCUCGUUGUCCUCGGACACGCCGGAGAAGGAACCUUCCUUACCCAGCAAGAACAAGUCGACACCAUCAAGGCCUUUGUCAAGUCCGUCGAUAACAAGAUCCCCAUCAUUGCUGGUAUUACUGGCGAGGGUACUGAGGUCGCUGCUCUUGAGGCUAAGCGUGCUAAGGAGGCUGGUGCCCAGGCCGGUCUUCUCUACCCUUCUCAUGGCUGGCUGCGAUUCGGAUACCAGCCUGGUGCUCCUCAGGAUCGCUACAAGGUUGUCUACGAGGUCUCCAAGCUGCCUCUGAUUCUGUUCCAAUAUCCCGACAACACCAAGGCUACCUACAACCUUCAGACUCUUCUUGACAUCGCUGCUCAGCCCGGUGUUAUUGCCAUGAAGAACGGUGUCCGUAACAUGCGCCGCUGGGACCGUGAGAUCCCUGUUUUCCGUCGCGAGCGCCCCAAUGUUCCUGUCCUCACUUGCCACGACGAGUACCUUCUCCACACUGCCUUUGACGUCGAUGGCAUGCUUGUCGGAUAUGGUGGUAUCGCACCUGAGCCUCUUCUCGAGAUGAUCGCGGCCGGAAAGGCCAAGGACUACGCCAAGGCUCGUGAGAUCCACGAUCAGCUUCUGCCCGUCACCAGUGCUGUCUACCACCGGGGCUCGCAUAUGGAGGGUACCGUUGCUUUGAAGCACGCUUUGGUUGCCCGGGGUAUUCUUGAUCACGCUACAGUGCGAUCACCACUGAUGCCUUUGCCUGAGGGUGCUGAGGGAGAGAUUCACGCUGCCAUUUCAUCGGCUUCGCUGAAGAAGGUUGCUUAG